CCCGGGCACAUGGCCGAAUAAAAUCUGCGCCUCGCGGGCGUGGAGUUAGAGAAAUCCGCCACGGUGUCAUCAAUGGCGCGUCCGUGCAUCCGAACGUGGCAGCCGCGGGUCGAGCGGGGCGCGGCUGAAGGAAGGCCCUCGUUCCUGCAGGCCUCGAGGCCUCGAGGCCCAGGGUCCAGACGGUGGCGGUACUUUCGUGCUUUGACCGCAGCGAGGCGAGCUCGUCGUCGUGCAUGUACGAGAGCGGGCGGACAUUCAUUCAUUCAUUCGUUCGUUCAUUCAAUGCCUCGUCCGUCGUCUUCUUGCAUGAUCCAUCGGAGCGAUGCGUGGAAGAGGUUGUUGGUCGAUGGAUGCCUCCUCUGGUGCCAGGAACAUGGUUAAAUGAGACGUCGAGCUAUGGCCACUUCCUUUAUGAUUCGUCGGACCACGACCGUCUCCAUCGAGACUUCGAUCGAUGAUUGGUGCGCUUCUCUAGAAUGCGAACUACCUCCCAUUUAUUCCAUGGCCUUCGUUCCGUUCCUGUCCGGUCCGGUUCGAGGUCGUUGCUCCAAUGCUCCCCCUUCCUCCCAUAAAAGGCGUAACGACAUGGGUCGACUUCACUCGAGUGCUUGGCGAACUCGAUCCUCGCUGCCCUUACUGGCUGCAGGUGGAGGAGGAGGAGGAGUAGCUCAGAAUUAUGGUCGCCCAGGCAUUAUUACGGUGCGUGAUGGGAAACUGCGUUAAAGAUGUGAGUGGACUUUCACAUCUUCUGCCUUCGUCUGCCGAGGAAAAUCAUUGUCACAUUUGUGCUACUCUUCUCUGACAGGACCAACGCACAAGUACACAGACAAAGUCUCAACACUCGAGCUCAGUCGGUCGGUCGCCAAAUGGACAUUCAAUGCUCAGACGGUUGGACCGUGACGUAUCGUCCGAUUCCAACAGGAGGUUUUUCUCUUCCUCCAUGGGAACGAGAAAAUCAUAGGAGCCUUUAACUCAAGCGGACUUAUAACUUAAGGUGUAUGCAUAAAUCACCCUUUCACCGUGUGCUAGAGAUGGCCGGAGAUGGAAAUCGUGUAUCACAAGAAACUGAUAGAGAUAAGAGAGUUGUUGGAAUGCAUGUCCUCAUCGUCUUCAGCGUAUAUUACGCUGAAGUCAGUUCCCCGGCGGAAGAGAGAAUGAUUGUUCCGGUCGACAGGGAUUUGGGCUCGGGGGCGCACUGGACGGGAUCCUGGUGGUAUCGGAUUUUGUACUGCAACUUGUAGACGUCCACAUGCAUCUCACACACCCUCGAACCCUUACAGGACUCGCUCAGGACUCGCUCAGUUCAGAAGUUCAGUAGAGCGAGACAGAUCCACCGUUCCGUAGUUUCGUACAACGUCCAGUCGAGCGAAACCCCUGACAAGAAUCAGAAUCAGCAGCAGACAUGUCCUUUCCCAGUCAACAACCUCUCCCUCGCUCCCUCCACGUUCAGCUCAGCUGCCCGCUAGCGCUUUACAGUACUUUGGCCAUGGACGACUCACAUGGCCAUUGCCCUUUGCCGCACGUCUCGAUAAGUCGUGAAACCGGGAGCCAAGUUGAGCUGCAUGAGAACUCUUGCCCUCCUCUCCGCAGACAUUCAGGCUUACGUACAUGGCGAGAGCCAGCCUACGAAUGCAGUCUCCGCCGAGAAGAAGCCCGGGACCACUUGUUUGUUGACCGGAACCCUUUCUCAUGCUCAUCGUCAGCUCAUGGACCAAACUUGUACCUUCCUUCCGAUUGAUAACACAAUUGAGACUCUAGACUCGAGCUGAGUUUCCUUCCAUUCCCUUUCUUUUCUGGAGAACCACGUUCUUCCUUUGGCCUGAGAGCUUCACCGCGUCCUUCCCGAAGUUGGCAGAGAACUCUUACGGAACUUCACCAUCUGUACCGCACCGUGCAAUACAGAAGGUUGAUAGACCACGUAGUUUCACAUACUGCAGUCGAGGGUGACUUGGUAGUAACGUGAUAAGGGCUUGCGGAAGGCUGCGUGAGUAUCAACCGGCAGUGGAAGAUGAGCAGCAUUCAGAAUUUCGUGGGCGACCACUGCUCCCUGGCGUUGCUGUUGCUGUCGUUUUUGUAGUGGUAAUACACUUUACACACCAUCGCCCAUUCCUUCCGUCCGUCACUCUAGUUGUCCUCCUUUGUCCUGCUCUGUCAUUUCUGGAUCUCCAUCCCCGUGGUGCUGUGCUGGUGUCAGAUCGGGGUUUCCUGCGAGGGAGUGCUUGGGAACAGGAUUCUGGCCGCUGGAGAAGGUCGAAAACUGCGAAUUUAGAUCCGCCAGGACAGGCUCCCGCUCUCGAUCUCCCGAUUCGAGCGGACUUUCUCUUUCUCCUUUUCCUUUUCCGCUGGCCUCGAUUCUUGUGACUUGGACAGGAGACCGCUCUUUGCGCUUUAACCUGCCUCCCGUCGCCCUGCCAUGCCCCUCGUCGUGGGCUCGUCCCCUGGCCGCUCCAAGUGGAGCUACGAGUAAUAUAGCAGAGACAGGAUAAAAUGACCCCACCAAGUAGUCCACCAAUGAAUCCAACCGGCCAGGAAACAUAUUAUAUUGCACUACUGCAGACCGAGCAACUAUCAGUCAAGUUGCAUAGCAUGUGAAGUGUCCUCGCCCUUCGCGACUCGCAUUCCAUGCACUGCACAAGCGAUCUCUGAAAAAAAUAAUACACUUCGCAAUGUAAAAAAUAAUCUUCUACGCAAUGUAUCUAAAC